AUGGCUCAUUCUAAGGCCAGCUUUUCAUGGUCUGCUCCCUUCCACCCUUGCCUUGAAAACCCAGCACUGGACUUGUCAAACUACAGAGCAAUCUCAUCUCUUGACCUCCUUGGAGACUUCAAACUCGCCUUGAACAAAACAGAGGAAUCUUCAGUUUAUGAAGAUGGGAGUUCUGUUGCCUCCAUGCCCCGCCCACUGCGAAACCGAGCCUUCUCAGAGAGUCACAUCAGCUUGGAGCCUCCAAACCCCCGGGCCUGGGCGAUGCCUCAGAGGGAGCCAUUUACUAAAGGCAGUGAGACUCAGCCAGAACUCCUUGGGGCCCGAAAGAAGGCUUUCCCUCCCCCUCGUCCUCCUCCUCCCAACUGGGAAAAAUAUAGGCUUUUCCGUGCAGCACAGCAGCAGCAGAAACAGCAGCAGCAACAGCUGCAGCAGCAACAGCAGCAGCAGCAGCAGCAGCAGCAGAGGUGUGAUGAGGAAGAUGAGGAAGUAGAGGAGAAGAAGGAGCAAGAGCAGGAGGAGGAGGGACGGAAAGAGGAGGACCUACCACCCCAGUAUUUUAGUUCAGAAACCACUGGUUCCCAUGCCCCUAAUCCAGAUGAGGGCCUGGAACAGCCACAAUCCCUGAAGGUGGGCCACCUGGAGGCCUCAAGGCAGGCCUCACAGAGUCUCCCAGAGCAAGAGGUCUUUGCUCGUCAUCCCAGUGAUUUUGUGCCUCCUGUAAGGGGCCACACUGGAGCCCAGCCUGAGAAAGCUCAACCUCCUUGCUAUUAUGGCACUCGUGGAUUGUGGAGGACAACUGAGAAGGAAGCCACUGUGACCCCAAAACAAGAGUUCCAGCACUUCUCACCUCCUCCAGGGGGCCCAGGAAUCGCUACCUCUUACUCAGCAUAUUAUAAUAUCUCUGUGGCCAAGGCAGAACUGCUGAAUAAAUUAAAAGAGCAGCCCGAGAUGGCAGAGGCAGGCCUGGGAGAGGAGGGAGUUGACUAUGAACUGGCUCAAAAAAAGAUUCAGCUCAUUGAAAGCAUUGGCCGGAAACUUUCUGUCCUGCGGGAGGCCCAACGAGGGCUCCAGGAUGAUAUCAAUGCCAAUUCUGCCCUUGGAGAAGAGGUAGAGGCCAACUUAAAAGCUGUCUGCAAAUCCAAUGAGUUUGAAAAGUAUCAUUUGUUUAUUGGGGACCUGGACAAAGUGGUCAACCUGUUGCUGUCACUCUCUGGACGACUGGCCCGGGUAGAGAAUGCUCUCAACAGCAUCGAUUCAGAGACCAGCCAGGAGAAGUUGGUGCUGAUAGAGAAGAAGCAGCAGCUGACAAACCAGCUGGCAGAUGCCAAGGAGCUGAAGGAGCACGUGGACCACCGGGAGAAGCUGGUGUUCGGCAUGGUCUCCCGAUACCUGCCUCAGGACCAGCUCCAAGAUUACCAGCACUUUGUGAAGAUGAAGUCUGCACUCAUCAUUGAACAAAGAGAGCUGGAGGAGAAGAUUAAACUUGGGGAAGAGCAACUUAAAUGCCUCAAAGAGAGCCUGAACUUGGGGCCCAACAAUUUCUAAUUCUGUGGGUGCCCCUGCACCCCUGCCCAUCUGCAGGGGAAAGUGUAGCAGGUGCACUAGCCAAGUAUAUAGAAAGUACUUAGCAGAUGGUUUCAGCCAUCCCCCAAAGAGCCUGGGAUGGCCCCAGGGCUGCAGCAAGGUGUGGUUGUACUACCAUGCUCUUUCCCAGUGAGUGGGAGCCCUUCGCUGCCCAUUGAACCAUUAAAGUGCCUUCAUCUCUGUACUAGGACACCAAAGACAUCACAGACUCAGUCCUCUCCCUUGCCACAUACCCUCUUCAUGGUCAGUGCAAAACUGCCUUGCAAUGUCCCCCUUCCCGAGGGCUAGUGACCUAUCUUAGCUAUUGUCCACAGAUUUGCUUGAGUUGAAUGCAUUCACCUGAUACCAGCUUUAGGCCCUCACCCAAAAUUGGCAGCAGGAGGCACAGAAGGAGAGAUUGCAUAUAAGGGGAGCAAAUGUUGGUUAUACCCAUGUAUUCAGCCUCCCUUCUAGUAAAACCCAGGUUUCAACAAAGUACUACCAUGUCUACCCUCCCCAACAGCUUGACAGUUGACAGUUGACAGUGUUGUUGCUAUGGCCUUCCUGCUACUUCGUUUCUUGCCCUGAUAUCUCCAGGAGUCGUGUGCCAGGACUUGACUCUCUUCUCCUCUAAUAUUUCUAUUGCAACUGACUUCUGGAUAGAACUUCAGUACUGAGGAAGAGGGUUCUUAUUAUAUUUCAAAUGGUCUUUGAUUUUAUUUAUUUUUAUGUUAUCUUUUUUCCUCUUUCACAAGGCAAGAAGAAAUGCGUUAGAGAGGGGGAGGUUAGCCAGAAGGAAAACCUUCUCUGUAGAUAAGCCUGAGUCCAUCCUAGCUAAGUAAUCAAGUGUCCAGACAUUGAAUUCUUCCUACCAUAGCUUCAAGUAUCUAAGAAAGUUCUCCCCUUGAACUCACAGCUUCCCUACCAUAGCUUGGCUGUGUGCUUACUUGCGGUCUAGAUAGCCAUAGCAUUCCUGAACAGAGUUCGUUCAAUGAUUUCUAACUGCCUUUUGAAGCCAGAGUACUCUCCUAAGACUGCACAAUGCAGGACGCAUGAAUGCGUGAGAGGAAGUGUGGACGGCACUCUUUCAACAACUGCUUUCUCAGUGGCUAGCCUCAAGCAAGCAAAUCUGUGAGAGUUUUCAGCCAGGGCCCGUCUCCAGAGAAAAUUAUGAUCCAUCUAGGAUCUAGACAUACAGUAUCCCUCCUUUUCUUCUGGGCCUGUGUGCUAAAGCAUCCUCUCUGGUGGACGCCUGAAAUCUUGGCUAGUUCCAAACCCUGUAUUUACCACAAUUGUUAAUCUCGUCACUGAGGGGACUAAGUGACUGAAGAGAGGUAGCCUAUAUAGCAUGGAUACACUGGAUAAAUAGAUGAUUCAUGAUCCAUGUGGAAUGGAGCAAAAUCCGGCCACACUACUCAGAAUGGCACAUAAUUUAAAACUAAUCAGUUUAACUCUAUGAUAUUACAUGUAAUAUCGUCAAACCGUGGUUGAUCAUGAAAACUGAAAGAAUGGAAGGUAAAACCACAGACUAAUGUACAAAGAACUGAAACUAUUGCUUUUGCCAAGACCUGACAUUGGUAGCCAGCUUCUGUUCUGGAAAGGCAUUCAGGAGGACAAUAGCAAGAGGGGAAUCACCACCAAACUGCCUUUUUAUUUAGCUCAGUCUUCUGUUCCUUACUAACUGGGUACAGUCCUUGAUGUUAUCCCUAACAAUACAACAGAAGCCCCAAACCACCCAGCUCAGGCAUCACCACAUGUCACUGCUGAGUUCCUCAGGGUCCUCGGAGGUUCAUUGUAGCUGCAGUGUUACCUCAUUCAACCAAAGAAUUUGCCACGGAACUUCACUGCUGCUACAAAUACUGGCCACUUCUUCCAUUAUCUCCACGCUGUGUCUGAUAGCUUUGGGAGAAUCUAAGGGAUAGCAACCUUUUCUGUGGUUCGUCGGGUAUGCUUUUGUUUCUUAGUACUGCUGCCUCUACAAUAACCACUGUUGCUAUAUCAGUACCGCCAUUCUCCCCUCGAGUGAAAGAUUACAAACUGUUUAAAGCAUAACCCCAAAAUCUAUACUGAGCAUGAAGCUCUGUAGCCGCUAUUCUGUGCUAUACUGUGCAGCGCUGUGCUGUGGUAUGAUGUGAAGUGCUGUACAAAGCUGUGCAGUGCUGCGCUGUGGAGUGCAGUGCUGUGGUGUGCGGUGCGGUGCUGUGGUGUGAUGUGAUGUGAUGUGCAGUGGGGUGGUAUGAUGUGAAGUGCUGUGUAGUGCUGUGAUGUGAAGUGCUGUGCAGCGCUGUAGUGUGCAGCACUGUGCAGCGCUGUAGUGUGCAGCACUGUGCAGCGCUGUAGUGUGCAGCGCUGUAGUGUGCAGCGCUGUAGUGUGCGGUGCUGUGCAGCGCUGUAGUGUGCGGUGCUGUGCAGUGCUGUAGUGUGCGGUGCUGCAGUGUGCAGCGCUGUAGUGUGCGGUGCUGUGCAGUGCUGUAGUGUGCGGUGCUGCAGUGUGCAGUGCUGUAGUGUGUGGUGCUGCAGUGUGCGGUGCUGUAGUGUGCGGUGCUGUGCAGUGCUGUGCAGUGCUGUAGUGUGCGGUGCUGUGCAGUGCUGUGCAGUGCUGUCACGUGAAGUGCUGUCCUCUGCAGUGCUGUGGUGUGAGGGAAGGGCUAUGUAGUGCAGUGCUGUGCUGUUCUAGCCUGUUCUAUUCAGGAUGGCGGAGUACUUACCCAAAGGGAAAUUGGGAGAGGUGAGGAGAUGCUUUGAAUAGAGGCCACACUUGCCUUGCCUUCUUUUAAUAAUGGGCCCUAGGACAAUCGAUGAAACAGUUCAGAUGUCUUAUACUAGGAUGAUGAGAGUUAUGUGUUGUAUCAUUCGAAGAUGUAUGAGAGUUAUGUGUUUUAUCUUUUGAAGAUUGUUUGGCUAUAGUAGAACCAGGAGCAGUCACUGUGCUGGAUAUCAUGGCCAUAGGCUGGGUAUUUUUAGCCUUUGUUAUGUUUCUUAUACCUUAAGUAUAUGAUACCAAAAAUACUAUUAACUGUGGUUUGUGUGUGUUUGUUGUUUUAGCAUUGUUGGAAGUGGGAUCCAAGGCCUUGUGUAUACUGGGCAAGUGCUAUAUCACUGGACUGCAGCCAAAGCCUUAACUUUCAUUUUUGUCGUUCGUCUCACCUCAAAAGAGUUUGUAGAGUCGGAUUCAUAAUACAAGGCUGAGUUUCCAAAGUAUUUGAAAGAUACCCUCAAAAAUAAGCUGAGUAGCAAAGCUCAAUCGACUGACACCGGCAUGCCCUCCUCUUCUGCCAGUGCUACUUGGCAUGGGAUAGCUCUCUCUGGUCUUGGUUUCUAGGAUCAGCCAUCCUCCACGGCCCCUGAGGAGACAGUGGCAUGAAAGUAGGUCAUAAGAUUGGCAACACCCACCCAAAGAUUACCGGUAUUUCGUUCUUUCCCUUCAAAUAACUUACAUAAACCUCACUGGAUAAUAGAAAAGCAAGGUGAUGGAUAGAAGAGAGCCAGUGCAAGAUCGCUGUCAUCCACCCAUUCUCCCCCCAUCCCCUGGCUCUAGAUAACAGAUGCUCCUCAAGUCAAAUGAUUGAAGACUCAGUCAAGAUAUAAAGUAAAUACCCAAGUAGACUCUUAGAGGAUGAGACAGCUAUACUGGAAUUAAAGCCCUAAAAAGGGAACAGUUGGAUGCAUAGGAAAGGAAAGAAAGUAAAAACAUAAAAAGCCUCUUUUGAGACUGGGUUCAUAGUUCUGUUUGCCACUUAACUUCGUGUGCCAAAAAAGAUGAGUAAGGGGUACCAGAACUCCAUCCUCAACUCUAGCCUUCCCCGAGGGUGCUGCUUUCCUAGUAGCAAACCUCAAAUGGAAGAAGUUGGGUAUACUUCUGGCUACUUCUACCCAUGUGGAACUUGGCAACUCCCUCUCAUUGCCAAUAAUAAU